UCCUCUUAUCUACUUAUCUAUCUGUAAUUUUGUAGUGCGGCUGUUGCAGUAUACUUGCCGCUGCAGCUGAAUGAAACGCACAUUGCAACCAACCAAGGCAAUCGAGAAGAUAGAAACAAUGGUAAGUGGCAGAUUGUAAAGCAGAUGAUAAAUUGGGAGGUUAAUUUGAUUACAGAAUCAACCAUGGGCAUAUCAUUGGAACUUUUUCUCUGUGCAUGAUCUGCGUAAGUCUUCAAUGCAAAGGGACUACAUCUAACAGUGCCGCAGGAGCACCAUCCAUAGCAUAGCAGUAUUAGCAGAGGCGUAGCUGUCAAGACGCAAUCGAAAACAGGUCCCUUCUUUAACUAUAAUAAUGAGACUGCCAUUCCCUUCCCUACUCUGAAAACCUUAACUGGGGAAGAGAGGAAGCAAGGAACACCUAAGCUGCUAACCUCCAACACUCACCAUGGCAUCCUCCUCAGCUCACCUCCCUCUCUUCUUGUCUCUGUUACUCUCCUUCGGUAUCAUCCUCUGCUCUUCCUCUGAAUCAGACCUGCUUCUCAGUUUCAAAGCCUCCAUGGAGGACCCUACCUUGGUUCUGUCCGACUGGUCCCCGAACUCCUCACAUCACUGUAACUGGACUGGUAUCACUUGCUCCAAGACUACAUUUCUGGUUACGUCCAUAGAUCUUCACAACCUCAACCUCUCUGGCUACAUCUCUCCUUCCAUAUGUCGACUCCCUCAGCUUUCAGCCCUUAACCUUGCCAGCAACAACUUCAAUCAGGCCAUUGCUCUCCAACUCUCUGAGUGCUCUAGGCUUGUCACUCUCAACCUAAGCAGCAAUCUUCUCUGGGGAACACUUCCUGAACAAAUAGGUCUACUGUCAAGUUUGUUUACUCUUGAUUUCAGCAGGAACCGCAUUGAAGGGCAGAUACCACUCAGCUUGGGAUCCUUAGUGAGGCUCCAAGUCCUCAACUUAGGAAGUAACUUAUUCUCAGGUACCAUUCAUCCCCCUGUUUUGAAGAACUUGAGUGAGCUAGUCCUGCUUGAUUUGUCUCACAAUCCAUCUUUAGUAUCUCAACUGCCUCAAGAAAUUGGGGGACUUGCUAAAUUGAGAUGGCUGUUGAUGCAAAGAUCUGGUCUUUUCGGUAGGAUUCCUAAGUCCUUGCUUGAUCUCCAUGAACUUGAGGUUUUAGAUCUUUCCCAGAAUAAUUUGACAGGGAUCAUCCCUUUAGGGUUUGGCUUAGGCCUUCUUAAGUUAGCUUCUGUAGACUUCUCACAGAACAUGCUCUCUGGGUCCUUUCCGACUGAUGUCUGCUAUGGAAAAGCUCUUGUAGAAUUAAAUCUUCAAGAGAACUCUUUCACGGGUCCAAUUUCUAAAAUCAUUGAGAAAUGCUUCAGUCUGGAGAGGCUUCAAGUGCAGGAUAAUAAAUUUUCUGAGGAGCUUCCAUCUGGUUUAUGGUCACUGCCCCAGUUAAAACUACUUAGAGCCGAGAACAACCUGUUCAUUGGUGAGAUGCCUGAUGUGGUUGGUGUUCCGUCUCAACUGGAGCAAAUUCAGAUUGAUAACAACAACUUCACAGGUGGAAUUUCAAGAGGCCUUGGAUUAAUUCACUCCAUGUACAAAUUCUCAGCAUCAUUUAAUCGCUUCUCUGGUAAUCUCCCUGGUAAUAUCUUUGAUUCUCCUGCCUUGAGCAUCAUAAAUCUGUCCCACAAUUCUCUGACGGGACCAAUUCCAGAGCCCAGAAACUGCAGAAAGUUAGUUUCUUUAUCCCUGGCAGACAAUAGUUUGAGUGGAGGCAUACCACCUUCUGUCGGCCACUUACCAGUCCUGACGUAUCUUGACAUUUCCAACAACAGGAUUACUGGUGAAAUCCCUCCUGAGCUUCAAAAUUUGAAGCUUGCACUAUUCAACGUUUCUUUCAACCAACUUUCAGGAAGUGUUCCAUCUCCUCUUGUUUCUGGUCUUCCAGCUUACUUUCUACAGGGAAAUCCUGACUUGUGCGGAUCUGGAUUGUUGAAGCCGUGCAGUGUACAACCAGGAGGACAGCACUCCAGGAACACUGGAUUUAUAUGGACAGUAAUUGUGAUAUCUAUCGCAGUUAGUCUCAUCUUAAUAUCUUCAGGGUUACUUAUUGUUUACAGGUUAUCUCAAAGUCGGCCUGGUUCAGGUAAAUGGAAAUCAGUCUUCUUCUAUCCUCUCAAGAUCACAGAAGAUGAAUUGCUGAUGGCUUUAGUUGAGAGAAAUGCUAUUGGUGAAGGAGCAUUUGGUAAAGUGUAUGCUAUCCAGACACCUGAUGGAACACACGUUGCCGUCAAGAGGUUACUCAACUCCAGCAACUUGUCUUUCAGAACCGUGAAGGUUGAGAUUAAGAAUUUGGCGAAGGCCAGACAUCGAAAUGUCACCAAAUUGUUAGGCUUUUGUUACUCGAAGGGCACACUCCUUCUCAUUUCUGAAUAUCUACCGAAAGGCAGCUUGGGAGAUGCUCUCCGUAAACCAGGCUUCUCCAUGGAUUGGCGUUUUCGCCUCAAAGUUGCUGUUGGAUCUGCACAAGGCUUAUUGUACCUUCACAAGGAUUAUGGCUCCCAGAUACUUCAUAUUGAUAUGAAAUCUAACAACAUUCUUAUUGGUGAUGAUUUCGAACCAAAGAUAACUGACUUUGGUCUUGCUCGUGUAAUUGGAGAGGCAGCAUAUGAAUCAUCAGUAGCUUCUGAGCUGGGAAGCUUUUGCUAUUUGCCUCCAGAAUAUGGAUACAUCAAGAAACCAACAGAACAAAUGGAUGUGUACGGCUUCGGAGUCGUCUUGCUGGAGCUCAUCACCGGAAGGCCAGCGGAGCAACCGGAGUCCCGGGAGUCCGUCGACGUCGUCAAGCUAGUGAGAAGAAAGGUAAACGUGACGAACGGAGCUCUUCAAGUUCUAGAUCCCAAGAUCUCGAGCUCAGAGCAGCAUGACAUGCUGGAGGUGUUGGGUCUUGCUCUUCGAUGCACCUCCGUUUUGCCGGAGAAGCGACCGACCAUCGUCGAGGUUGUCCGGUCGUUGCAGUCACUCGAGCCGAUCACCCAACCUCCGAUGCUCGCCGGCGACGGCGAGCAGCCUUAAGUAAAAGGAUUAACGGCGUGUUUUUUUUUUUUUUUUUUUUUUUUUGUUUUCUUUUUUUCAUCAUGUUGUUCAAAUCGUGGUGGAACUCGUACAAAUUCGAUCAGCGGGUUUGACGAGAAGAGUUUGGAUUGGCCGCCACAAGUCACUAGAUGCAUUGAAUCCCACGUGGUCUGACCGAGCCUGCCAUCCGAUUGACCGUAGUCAAAUAUUAUUGAUUCUCGAAAAUGCCCCUCCUUUUUCUUGAUAUGGCUCGACUUUUUUAGGUAAUUAAGGCCUUGGGUAGGGUAAUUCCGGUAUAAGGAAGUCGUUCACGCGUUCGCUGAUGCGUCCUUGGUCAUGACCUCUAUAAAUAUACAGCUCGGCUCAAUUCUCCUCCUCAAUUUUGUCGCCCCCCAAAUUCCAAUCGCGAUGGCGGAGAAGAAGAGGAUAGGGUCGGUGGCUCAGCAGGUGGAGGAGGAAGCGGAGCUCCACGCCGCCCACAAGCCCGGCGCCAGCGCCCUCUGCGCCAACCACUGCGGGUUGCCCGGCAGUCCCACCACCGGGGGCAUGUGUCGCUCCUGCUUCCUCGCUUCCGCCUCCACCCGGCCUCGUUCCUGCUCACCCGGAUUCGGCCCUCCGAUACGGCCGUCCCUGACUCCUGGA